AUUGAAUGUAACCGCCGCCGCGGUCGGGCGUGUUUGGUGGCGCUCCGCACAGUGACAGACGGGAAACGAUGAAAUCAUAACUUUCAAAAACUUUUGUGUUUACAAAGUGUUCAAUUUAACAUAAUAAUUUCAAUGAACUGUGAAGUGUUCUUACAUAUUUACCAACAUACAUUGAAGUUUCGUUAUUUAUAACUGAUCCAGCGACUUGAAAUGCAUGCAUUCCAUCGAGACUGUUGAACUUUUAUAUUUUUUUUUCGUUCAGUGUACAUUUUGAUUCUUAUCAAGAUUUUUUUUAUUGUCAUUCACCGUGAACUAUGGUUUUGUAUAUUUGGACAUUAGAUCACAUAUAAAUUAUAUAUCUACAGUGUUAUGUGUUGAUUAGACUGUGUUAUCAAAGUUAGCAGUUAGCAGAUUAGUGAUUGCCGAAACACUCAAGGCUUAUAGUCGUCGUGAAUUCCGUCCGCAUUGGUAACGGAGAGACCUUGGUAAACCCAGCUGACUUUGAACGCAGAGCACCGCGCUGUCACUUGCGCAAGCGAUUCACCUACGACCCGAUACGAAAGUUGAGCCAGCACCGAGAACUGACGAGGACAGUGAACUAGGUGACGCGCACCUGUGUGAUGUGCCGGCAACAUCACAUUGAUGUGCAGGUAGACGUCACCUGAUUCCCCACUACCCCUGGAUGCGGCCGAACCAUGAAGUUCUCAACUGGCUCCAGCUCGAGCAGUCUUGCCAGCGAUUCGCUGUCGAGAAAGUCCACUCUAUGCAUCUACACCGAAGUCGAUGCUCCCACAAUGCCGCCGCCUUCCGAAAGGAUGGAUAGCAGCUCAGAGGCGAUGGAGUUGAGGCGGGAGCUGGACGCGGUGCGCAACGCGCUGCAGCAGCAGUCCGAGUCCGUUCUGAAGCAGAGGCACCAGCUGGUGGAGGCUGGCCACGCCCUCGCCGCGCGCGACAAGAAGGCGGCGCAGGAGAGACGGCUCAGACAAGACCAGCUGGCAUUAGUACUACGAUCGUUAGUCCUGCUAGAAUCCCGCCUAACCAGAGAACAGAAACAGAUUCACGUCGCACUCCACCAAAAAGAAAAAAUAAUCAAAUCACAACAAGAAGAGAUUGCAAAACUGAAAGCUCGCAAGUCAUACUGCAGCAAUUGCCAGCAAUUGCUCGGGUUUACCAGCGAACAGACCAACAUCGAAACAGACCCUGAAUUCCAGAGCUUAGAAAGCACUGACUCUAGGUUCCAAAACACGUUCGUUAGGAGCUGUAGUUAUCGUGAAAGAAAUUCUCCACCGGUAUUCCAAAAAAAUACUAGGUUAAGUAAGAGCUUCCAGUACCAGUUGCCUAAAAGCGAAAUAGUUUACGGCAACACAAGUUCCAGUGAAGAAGGUAAUAAUGCCAGUGUCGGCAGUAAGGGUACCUUCAUCAAAAAUAAACAAGCUUUCGUACGACGAGACGUCUUCAGAAGAUCAAGAAAAUACUCAGGAAGAAAGAACAAUAACAAAUAUGGUGACAAUAUGCAAAAAGGUUACAAUAAUAACCAAGCAAACAGCAGUAGUGCUGAAGAAUGCAUUGGCAUGAGCUACCAAGUAAACCAUGAUGACGAAAUCACAGCGAAUCAAAUCGCUAAUGACAUCAGAAGAGCUUCAAUGAAAAUUGACCAACUUAUCGGUGAAGCUGCCAAAAAAGAAAUAGAAAAUACAGGUAGCGAAUCCGAGAAAACCUAUUCUACAAAAGUAGAAAGAUUACACGGAAUCAAAAGACAAGGAUCAGAUGAAAUAAAGGCAAACAGACAGUUAUUCCUCAAUAACGUUCUCAGUGAAGAAGGCAAUGAGAAACCUUGGUAUUGUAAUGUUAGUGACCCUGAACAGGAAGGAGACUGUAUGGAUCAGAGGUCAUUAAUGAAUAAAUCUAAAUCCUCAGAAGAUCUGCUGGGUUACAACAAUGGCAUACAUACUGAAGUAGUAUCUGCUAAAAAUGAAAUAUUGUGCAAUAAUAUAAUGAACAACAAUGAGAUAUUCAGCACAAGUUUUGAUGACAAGAAUAAUAAUGUCGAAACAAAGCAAGCGACUACUACUGAUGGUAACGAAAACUGGUACGCAAGCACUAGUGAUGCUGAUGAAAAUCCUACCAACGAGAUUUAUAAAAACAAUCCGGUACUGGAGUGUGUAAAUCAAAUUUUGCUUCAGAAUUCCUUGGACGACAGCAGCAAUGACAAUUCUAAAUCUAGUGAAGCACCCAGUCCUAAAGCAUCAACAAAGCGUGUACAGUUCUCUACCCUGAACAGCAUCUCUUACGACGAGAAAGUAAGACCAAAUAACACCAGUAACACGCUACCCAGACCGGACAAGAGAGCUAAUAAAAUUGUUAAGUUCAGUUUGGAAACUGCAUCUGAACACAGUUACGAGGUACCGAAUACGGCUCAGGGCUUCCAAUAUGAGAUACAGAGCUUGUACAGCAAUGAAUAUGAACCGAUUAUAACUAAAGGCACUGAUGCUAAACCAGCGCCAAUACCGCGCACCGUACAAGCCAUUGAGAAGCCUGUAGUUCCAAAAAUAAGAGGCUCUAUAGUGAAAAACAUCGCUGCUAACAUAGAAAAUCGUAAUGUAAAUAAUGUUAUUGAAAGAAAACUUGAUAACGAGCUCGGGUCUAUGAAAAUAUUCAACAAGCGAAAGGUGCCAAGAACUCCUCCCGCCCUGCCGCCUAAGCCAAAGAACCUUUCGGCUAAAUGGAAAGCCGAAAAUACUGUCAAACAAAUGACAGAGCAGUUAGACUCUGAAGCCGUUGCGGCUAACCAACGGGUUGCAGAUGUUAAGACGAGAAAAGUGGGACAAGUAGCAACUGUCAACAAUAUAGAGCCUGACUACUGCUCCAUUUCAGAGAUAAAUGUUCCAGUAGUCAGCAAUGGCAAGAGGGAGUUGCUACUCACACAGCCAACGGUAGAGAUCCAUAACGAGCAGUACCCCGUGCACGCCGUCAGUCCGAGAAACAGCGUGGCCAAGGUGGUGUCUCUGCCCAGGAUCCAGAACAAGAUCAGUGACAAAGACAUUCCUAAACUUCCUCAUGUCACUGAGAUCAUCAUUCCGGAUGAGGAUGAUAAGUCGAAUGAUGAACAGAGCCGCUCCUUCCAGCAAACUGCUGACAGUUACUUGACUAACUUUGCUAUGCAUCCUCUGCAACCAAAACUGGACCCUCGUGCUUCCAUACAAAUGGGUAACACAGUGUCUUCUAUAUUAUCUGAAAUUAACAAAGGUGGCAAGGGAGGUAAUAAGCAGAUUAAUCUGACAGAACUAGACAAUCAGUUCAACCAUGGACCCGAGAAGAACCAAUGCAACAAUGCAGAAAUGCACAAAGCAGAAUACUUUGAUGACAUUGACAAAUUCGAUUUGUCACAGAACUUUGAGGAAUUUAAAAUAGACGAUGAACUCGGCAGCAUCGUUGCAGAAGAAUACCGCAUCAGCUCCGGUAGCAGCGACGGUUCCAUGUCCGAUGUUGUAACAGAGCAUCUCACCAAUGUACCUGAUAAAGAUAAACAGCAUAAUACUAAUAAUAAGGAAGACAAUGAAACAGCUGAAAAUUUUCUUGAUAAUAACGAGAAUGCCUUGAACAAAGGUUUGUCUAAAAACGCCAAGUUGUCUAAUAAGCCUGAUCUCCUUUCAAAUAUAGAGAAUUUAGAGACUGAAUCUGUAAGGAACUCAGAUAUUGAGUCUAGUAAUUCGUCUGGGAGCAACAGCGGCUCUUACAACACUGUCAAGCUGGAGCCUAGGAUGGUCUUGAAUAACAACCCAGAGCUGAAUGCGCCCAAAACUAAGGGAACCUUCGACUUCUUCCUUGAGACGUCUGGUCUUAGUUCUAAGUCUAUAUUCACGCCUAGCAAGCAAUACGUGUGUGUGAGGCCUCCGUGUGCCAACCACAAGAAUGUGUUGAAGCCUAGAGAUAUAAAGAUGCGCGUGAAGAAUACAUUAACAACGAACAAAAUCAACGAAAAACCUAUGACGACUGCUAUAAAAUAUUUCGAGCCCUAUGUGUAAACUAAUUGUUAAUUACGUUGUAUUUUAUUUUUAAUGAAAUGCUUAAAACUAUUUAUUGUAAAAAAUGAACUUGCCGGCGUAAUACGA